AUGUACAUCCCGAACACCAAAUGGACCUGGGCAUUCAUGCUCAUAGUCCUCAUCCAGGCCUGUGUCAGUCUGGCCCUGGAGUCAUAUGUCUUCGGCGAGUUCCAGACGAGCCUGGAGCGAGAUGGCGAUGUUCCCGAAGGGCAGCAUUCACCCACCCUCACCAUCCCAACCUAUCUGGCCCUGUUCAUUUUCGGGUAUUUGUACGAGUUGCUGCUGGCUUGGGAUGCGCUGAGGCUGAAGAACACCAUUCAAGUCAUCGGAAUAUGCAUCUAUAAUCUUGGCAUGCUCAUCUACUCCGCUGUACAGAUGGACCAAGUCGAUGAUGCAGUCAAGGACUUAAAUGGAGACAUCAAGCCCGGAACUUGGCUCGGCCUAAAGCCAUUCCUGAUCGCAGCCCCUUGUGUUGUAGCAUUGGGCACCAUCCUACUCGCAUUUGUCGCAUGGAAGCUUUACAACGAAUUCGCCUGGACCAUAUACAAGCACAUCUCUGCCGAUCUGCGCCUGAAGAGGCGAUAUCUGACAUAUCAGAUCUAUAUCGCCCUGCUCAAAUUCGAUUUCUUCUUUUUCCUUGGAUUCACAGUCCAAUUUGUCGUUGUCGUAACGGGCACCUCCGACAGCGAAUUCUACCUCACCAUCGCCGCAAUCCCCAUCACAAUCAUUCUCCUCUUCCUCGCCGCAUACAUCAACCGCAAAGAAUCAUACGUUGGCCAGACCUUCAUUCUGAUCGUCUACUUCGCCGCUAUGGCGUAUUUCGUAUUCAAGCUUGUCCGCAUGUACACUCCGCCAAAGAUGCAGGACUACCUAGCUGCGCGCAGCUCGCUCACGACCUUCGCUGUCUUGACACUGCUGCUCUUGAUCGUUACCAUCGGCACAGCAAUAGCAUGCAUGAUGAACUUCAACAAGGGAUUGAAACCACACAUUCAAAGGAGAAAGGUGCCCAACACCGGGGAACCAGCUCGAGCUCUUGGAAUAGCUGAGAAAGAUACCAUGUGGGACGCCGGCGUUUCAGAGGAGUUUUACACAAGUCCAUGGGCGACUGUAUGUCAUGACGCUAGAAGAUACCUCCGAUCUCGCGAACGCCAAUGUGGCGAUGAUGCAUGA